UGGCCGGGGAAUCGAACCCAGGCCCUCCUUGCUGUGAGGCGACAGCGCUACCCACCGCGCCACCGUGCUGUCCCACCGUGCCGUCAAAUUUCCAAAUAUUUUAUAUUCAAAAACAUGCAAGCUCCACUGCCGUUCUGUACAUAUCUACUGUUAAUGUUGUCCUGCUUUGUAUGUGUACUUCCAACAAAUGGAUUUUUUGUGAUUAACUGUGUCAUUAAGGGAUCUCUGAAAUAUCCUGCAAAUUUGAAGGCGCUAUGCAAUAAGAGAGAACUUUGUGUUAUACCCCACAACAUACCAGACCAAACAAGAGUGCUCGAUCUUUCUUACAAUCAUUUGAUGAGCAUUAAGAAAAAGGAUUUAAUCUACUUCACCAAGCUUACACAUUUGAAUGUGUCACACAACUGGAUCAAAGAUAUAAAGGAAGGGGCUUUCAGGAGCUUGACAGCCUUGCAGGAGCUGAAUCUUGCCCACAACAAUCUCCAUAUAAUCUCAGGAGGAUCCUUCCAAAAUUUGUUCAAUCUCACUGUGCUACGGCUGGAUGAAAAUCAAAUUACAAACAUCAGUGCUUCUGCCUUCGAUCCUCUGAUUAGUUUGGUCAUGGUGAAUCUAUCAGGUAAUCAUUUAGCUCACAUACAUGAAGUUCAACCUCUCUUUCAGUUGCUUAACAUUCAAGAGCUGCACAUUGGAAGAAAUGGAUUUUCUUCUUUUCAAACACCCCAAGUUUCAAACACAUCCUUAAAACUGAGAGUCCUGGAUCUGUCCUGGAAUCCUUUACGAGUCUUCAGAAUCACAGCAGAUGUUUUCCCUCACCUUGAAUCAUUAGGCCUGGCAUUCAGUAACGAAAGCAUGACAUGGGAUGUGCAGGAUGCAAGCUACCUCAGAAAUGUCAGCACCCUUAAUUUAACUGGGAUAGAAAUGAAUGAAGAAAUUAAAUCAGUGCUACAGACCUUUAACACAUCACUGACCAAUCUCAGCCUCUACCGACUCAAAGAAAAAACACUAAUUAAGACAGCCUGCCUGAUCAACCCUUUGAGAACCCUACAUGUGCAGUCAAGCAGAUUGGCAUCCAUAUCUGCGAAGGAACUAACAGGCUGCACUGAUCUAGUAACACUGGACUUGUCUGAAAACAGUCUCAGGAACAUCACAAAUCUGGCAUUUGGAUUUAUGACAAACCUUAAAAGGCUGAGUCUGUCCAGAAACAAACUGGACAGUGUUCCACCUGCCAUUUGGAAUCUGUCCUCCUUGGAGGUCCUAGACCUCAGUUACAAUAGCAUCUAUAAUUUAACUUGUUCAGAUUUCAACAGCUUAGCACAGCUGCAGACACUUUACCUUUCCAGAAAUCCAUUGUAUUCAGUAAAACCUUUUCAAAACCUUACAAAUUUGAAGACUUUGAUUAUAAGCUCCAGCAGAUUAAUUUCCGUGACCAACUGUUUCAGAGCUUGUCUCCAGAAACUAGAGUUUUUGGAUUUAACGCAAAACAAAUUGAAUUACAUCCAUAAAGAAGAUUUUGGAGAUUUGAAAUCUCUUAAGCACUUGCUUUUAAAUGACAACCAAAUAACCACCAUAGAUAAAGGGGCCUUUGAGGGACUGCAGAAACUGACAGUGCUAAACCUUCAGUCAAAUAAAAUCACACAGAGUUCUUUAAAAGCUUCUGUUUUCUCAGGACUUACAAACCUGAAAUAUCUCUUGCUGAACAACAAUUACCUCUCAUAUUCUGAUCAGAGCAAUCUCGUUAAACCACCCUUUAGGUAUUUAAAAUCUUUGGAAACUUUAGCAAUUCACAGCCAAGGCCACAAAGGGAUGUUGAAUUUCCCUUCAAAUUUUUUGGAAGGACUGACGUCUUUGCAGGUGUUGACAGCAGGAAAUCUCAAUUUAAACUUUCUUUACCCAAACACCUUUUCACACUCUCCAAGACUGCUGAGCCUGGACCUCAGCCGAAACGAAUUAACAACGGUCUCACAGGAAUUAUUCACACCCCUCAAAAGACUCAACAGACUCCAUAUGUUCUCUACUGGUUUGCAGUCUAUGGACUUCCUCAUGCAAGCAAACCUCACUGAAAUUCAAUAUUUGCAAAUCAGCAAGAAUGAACUGGCAGUUAUCAAUGAGACCUUCAUUGCAUCAUUUACCAACUUAACGUAUAUCGACCUACAAGGAAAUCCAUUCAGUUGUGACUGCAGCAAUGCCUUGUUUGUUGACUGGGCAAUAAGAAACAAUGUCACGCAAGUCGUAAAUGCAGACCAGUUAACAUGCAAUUACCCAUCAAAACUCAGGGGAAAUAAACUUAUGGAGCUUGACUUUGAGUCCUGCACUGUGGACAAGGGUUUUUUCUGCUUCAUUUCUACCACUGUAUUUAUUCUUUUGAUUAUGUUUAGCUCCAUCCUUUAUCAUUUCUUAAAAUGGCAGGUUGUCUAUGCCUACUAUCGCCUUCUGGCAUUUCUCUAUAAAAGCAACCAGCAGAGAAAGACACAGUCCAGUGGCUAUCAGUAUGAUGCAUUCAUUUCCUACAACACCCACGAUGAACUGUGGGUUAUGAGUGAGCUGUUACCUCAUGUGGAGGGGGAGCAGGGCUGGAAGUUGUGUUUGCAUCACAGAGACUUCCAGCCAGGUAAACCCAUCAUAGAUAACAUUGUGGACGGGAUCAAUAGGAGUCGUAAAACAAUCUGUGUGAUCAGUCGCCACUACCUAGAGAGUGAGUGGUGCUCCAGAGAAAUCCAGGUGGCCAGUUUCCGACUCUUUGACGAGAAGAAAGAUGUUCUCAUCCUGGUGUUCCUGGAGAACAUUCCACCCCAUCAGCUGUCUCCAUAUUACAGGAUGAGAAAACUAAUCAAGAAACGAACCUACAUCAGCUGGCCCAAACCAGGAGAGGAUACUCGGGUCUUCUGGGAGAAACUGAGAAUGGCUCUGGAGGCCAAGGAGUCUUCUAAAGAGGAAAAUCCUAUUCUUUCUGGGAUAAGCGGUACCUGAUAAUACUCAAAUAUUACAGAUCUAAUGGCAACCACUUUUGGAAUUUCGAAAUGAUAACCAAUUGCAGUGAUUGUUCUCAAAGUAAGAUCUAGGCUUUACUACACACCUUCUUUCUUCAUUGUGGUUUUUGGAUUUAUAUGUAUGUAUAAUUUACCAGUGCCAGGUACCUUCCACAAUGUGUAAAAUUGUAAUUAAUGAACCAAUAGAAAUGGUGCAACAUUGCUUGAUAAAAGUAUUUUUAAAUUAACGUCCAGUCCAACUAAGUUACAAAUGUUUUCCCUUCUCCUGAAAAGUUUUGUUCUAGUAACAGUGAUUUACAUGUAGAAAAUGUCUAAAAAUGCAAAUGGGUGGUUCAAAAAUCUUUUUAUGGGUUAUAAUCUUUUUGCAUUUUAUUAAAGAUGAUGAUUAAUGAUUAAACAAUGGUGGUGAAUAAAGAACACACAAAAUUUGUCUGCUGUCAGUUACAAGCGUGGAAAGUCUGCAGUCGAAGGAAUUAGUCUAGAAAGUGGAGAUGGAGAUGUCCUGUAUAUGUUUUAUUUUUAAUUUGCCUCUGAUCCCAAUCCAAAUUCUUUAAUGUUAAGGAUUAGCCAAUGCAGAGUCCAGUCCCGCAACUUCAUUUUCAUAGAUAGUACAGAACAUUUGCUAAAAUAUGGUAGGCCUUUAAUUACUUAAAAAUGGUAUAGUCCAUUUUAAACAUUGACUCAAUCUUAUUCACUUACACUAUAUGUCUAAGAGCAUCCAGACACCCCUUCUAAUUAUUGAAAUUAGAUACUUU